AUGUCCAAUACCAAUGUCAACGUCAGUUUUGCUUGCCAGCGGUGUUUCACACCAAUCCGGUUGGACAGUUCGUUCAACAAUAUCAGUGAACAUACCAUUGCUGAAUUGUCAUUGCCUAUUGUCACGUGUCCAGAAGUCGAUCUUGAAUCUCAGGCCAAACACAUUGAUCAUAUAAUACCUGGUUUCCACUUGAACGAUUCUACUAGUGGAAAUAAUGGCUUCACAUUGUUGGGCGAAGGGGAGACACCAACUCUUAGUCAUCAAAUGAAGGUGGCAGCCAACCUUUUCGAUAUUGUUUCUGGAAAUUCAAAAAUAAACCAUCCGUUGUGCGAUGAGUGUACCGAUGUAUUGAUGGACAUGAUGGAAGAAGAACUUCAACAAGCCGAAGCAGACUAUACAGAUUACAGCAACUACUUGAAAGAACUUUCCACUGAAGAACCAGAAGACAUGGAUGCACUUAACAAGGAAUUGGAAGAUUUACUAAAAGAAGAGAAAAAGUUGAUGAGUGAACUAGCAAACUUGCAAGAAACUGAAAAUGCAUUAGAUAGUGAUAUAAAAGAAGCAGAAAAAGAAAAAGAAAGAUUAAUUAAAGAAGAAGAGCGGUAUUGGAAAGAAUACAGUAAACACAGAAGGGAUUGUAUUCUCAUAGAAGAUAAACAAAAAAGUGUGGAAUGUCAAAUAAUUUAUACCACCUCACAAUUGGCCAAACUAAGAAAAACAAAUGUAUUUAACGCAACCUUUCACAUAUGGCAUCAUGGUCAUUUUGGGACCAUUAAUAAAUUACGAUUGGGUAGAUUGCCAUCAGCUCCAGUUGAUUGGGCUGAAAUAAAUGCUGCCUGGGGUCAAGUCACAUUGCUAUUAGUUUCAUUAGCUAGAUAUAUGAAUUUAAAAUUUGAAAAAUAUCGUCUUGUACCUUAUGGAAAUCAUUCUUAUGUUGAAGUUUUAGGUGAAAAAAAGACAUUGCCACUGUACGGUCAAGGUGGUAUACGUUUUGUCUGGAACACAAAAUUUGAUUUGGCUAUGGUGGCAUUUUUAGACUGUCUCCAGCAAUUUAAAGAAGAAGUCGAGAAAGGUAAUUCUGGAUUCCAUUUACCAUACCGAAUGGAAAAAGGAAAAAUAGAAGAUUCAGCAACUGGCAAUACAUACAAUAUCCGAAUACAAUUGAAUUCCGAAGAAGGUUGGACCAAAGCUCUAAAGUUUAUGCUUACCAAUUUAAAAUGGGGUUUAGGGUGGGUAUCUGCUAAAAUAAACCAUGAAAUGUAAAUAAAAGAAAACUGAUAAUGAAUUUGAAAAAGAAAAAUAAUAUAAUUUGUAUUUUAUAGUUUUUAUAUAAAUGUAUAACUUAUUAAAUAUUAAA